CGUUAUUCAGCGCCGUUUGUUACGGCGUCAUCUCCCAAUUCUAGUUUCUUUCUCAUGUCAGCCCCUCCUUAUGGGUAAGAGGAAGCCGCCCAAGAAAUCUCCUUCUUCGAAUCAAAGCCGAGGAAGCCGAUUCCCAGAUCUAUGCCGGGCAUUGUCGACCAAUGCCACUACAGUAAUCUUGGAAGCCGCCUCAGAUCAGGCUAUAGCCGCUGCUACUGCUGCCUUGCCGAAAGUGGUCAACGUCCCUGUGAAAGUUGCUCUGUCAACUGAGCCAGGUAAGACCAACUCCGAGGCGUUUCAAUCUGUAGCUGAAUCACCAAUUGUCAACUCUAAAAGCACUGAAGCCGCAGCAACUGUGAGCACAUAUGCAAACAAACCAGCACCAAACGCUGGUACCGAUUCUUGGGCGAGAAGAAGCAUCCGUAGGAGAAGGUCUAGAUCUCCAGCUCUUCCUGCUGCAGCUGUCCAGAAGGCUACAUUGGGUAAUGAAAAUGCUAAUUGGGUCCCUGUAAAAGGUAAAGAGGCUGCUGGUUUGGUUUGGACAGUGAAGAGCUCUAAUAAGUCUCAGUCUACAGGCUUUGAGGACAGUGUUUCAGGAUCUGUUUCGGUUCAGUCUGAAGGGCUAACACUGGGGCUGAACAAGAUAGAGCUAGGUGAUUUAAGCUCUGGAAGGCUUGUCAGCAACAAUGUAGCCGCAGGGAACAGAGAGGAGUCAGGUCAAGAAACAUACCCAGAUUUUGGGGUUGAAUAAGACUCUUUUGAUAUUUUGUCUACU